AUGAGAAGACAGUCGUACUGUCCGAGCUCGAGCAGCGGAAACGGCGCCGGCGAGCCGCUGAUCGUCGUUGAGGAGAGCGCGCUGGGCGAGGAGGAAGCGGAGCGGUGCCGCGCGGAAUCGCCGCCGCGAUGCGUCGACCCGGACUCGCCGUCCCUGAAUCCCUAUCUGCUCUCGCCGUGGAGGGACGCCAGGAAGCACUCCUUGCCGACGCCACAAUGCACAUCCGGGAUAACCGCAUCUCAGGUGCGACGGUUGAGCGAGCGCGGUGGAGAAGGUUCCGGUCCAUCGGCGAGGGAGGCCGCCUUCCUGGCGACGCUCUCGCAAACCCCGGCACCGCAGCCCGGCGGCCGGCGGCAUUCCGUCGUCACGAUCUCCAGGGUGCCGACCACCCUGUUCGGGCGAAAUCGCCGCGAGUCCAUCGCCGCGUUUCCCAUGGGAGGCGCCACCAGGAUAUUACAGAGCCGGCGGGACUCGUCCACCGGGUUGGCCGGCCCGCCCAGCAACAGCGGGAGCACUCACAAUCUGCAGCUCGACAUUAUGGACGACAUCGCCGAGAUCAAGGCCAGAAAGGUCCGUUUAAAGAUGUACAAGACGCCGUCCCGCGAGCGCGUAUGCGAGAUCCAGCCUCUGGAGGGCAACGGCAGCUCUACCACGCAGAAGUACAUACAGCAUCAGAAGCGCCGGUUCUCCGAGUUCUCGGCGUCGGUCGCGGCGUCGACGUCGGCCCUGCGUAGACGCGCGUCCGAGAUGACGAGGCCGCUCUCCGAGAUCGAGAUACCCGGGACGUCGAAGGCGACGGCGGCGGGCAUCACGUGCUCCAACACGGAUCUGAUAUCCAUCCUGAGCUCCCUGACGUCGUCCGCGACGGAGAUAAACACGUGCGGCACGCCGGACGCGCCGAGCGCGAAGGACGAGCAGAAGUCGAGCUGGUCCUCCAAGACGGCGGAGCAGAGGCGCAGUCGGCUCAAGAGCUCGCGCUCAAACAGCUUCGACGUCUCCAUUCUGCACAGCACGAAGGUCAAGACGCCGACCAGCAGCGGCGGCAAGAGCACCAUCGCGCUUAUGGCGCCGAGCACCUGGUUCGCCAAGAGGCAUCAGCCCAUCUCGAAGAAGAGCCGAUGCGACGAGGAGACCGCGUCGACGUUCAGGCUGGACAAGUCACGGAUGAUUAAGACUGUCAAGGACACGCUCGUGAAGAACAUAAACCCCAGGCACAAGGUUCUCUGGGACGACAGCAGUGGCACUAAGGUGGACGCUCAGGUGCUCGGUAAUGCCAUCGAGAAGAUCCUCACCUCGACCCACAGGGGAAGCGACGCGGAAGCGUCGGGCAGCUCAUCCGGAAAGCCAUCCGUGUCGCCGAACAAGUCGCGCGCCAGCAAGGUCGCCAGUUGGUUCACGAGCGGGAACAAGGAGCAGGAGCAAUCGGACUGCGACUCGAUCUGCUCCACCCUCAAGGAUCUCUUCGUCAAGUAGUGGCGCACCACCGGCCGGACCCGUGCAGCUCUCUCUCUCGCGCGAUUACGACGAUUCGUAUGUUUCGUUUGUAAACAAGAUCCGUUGAAUCGACAGUACGAGUUAUUUGCUGCACUGCCGUUAUUUAUUUAUUUUCCUUUCUUUCUCGCCGAAUGAGUUCUACAUUCGAGUUAACUCCCGCGCAAAUCCGAGGGGAUCUGCCGGGACGCGGUUCUCCUGUUUACCCUCUUGAGUUGAGAAGGAUUCAAACGCGCGGAAAGCAUCGGAAGCGAGAGAGAAACGUACGAGAGAAGAAAGAUCAAAAGCGCUACGGUAGAUUACGGGUUUGAUCGAAGAUGUGUCGCUAUUUUUUUGUCUCUCCCUCUUUCUCGCGCAUAUUUUUCUUUCACACGGUAAAAUAAUUCAACGUAUACCCUCGCGCGCAUCUGUCCUUUAUGAAACAUGUUGAGAUGCCUGGCGUCUUCCUUCUCACACUCGGAAUUUACUUAAUUGUGUUCUGAAGACAGAAGGAUAGGAGAUCGCAAUGAAUCCAGAUGACGUCACCGAAUUCUUUUGGACUAUACUGUCGAUACGAAAUUUUGUUUACGGCCUUACACGAUAUUUCGCUUCAAGGAGUAAAUAGAAAAUUAACGUUUGGCGCAUUUUGUAACACAUUUAUCGAUAACGAAUAUUCGUGGUUUUAAUUUUUGUGGAAAUUGAUAUCGUAAAAUUGAUAUCGUAAAAUUGGUAUCGUAAAAUAUGGCAAGAUAUAUAUCUAAAUCUGGGGCUUUCGCCAAUACAUUCGCGCAACACGUAAACAUUGAGUUCGAUAUUUACGGACUAUAUUUGCUCUUAUCCUCCGUGGCUUUAUCCCGAUUAUACCUAUACAUCUUUUACGGCUGAUUGCAUCCAUGAUCGCGCCGCGGGAUGACAGAUAACGCGCGAUCUGUCCUUGUCGCCCCGUGCACGAAACACAGUUUACGCGCACAACGCGACGUUAUACGUAUGUACAAGGCGCCAUGUAAUUUCUAUUGAUAGUGCAAAUGUCGAGGAAAUCGAUUAUUACAGAAACUAUUUUCGUAGGGGACAAUUUAUUUUUAGCGAUGUGUCAUUUUUUAAGUUGUCGCGGGCGGGUUUACAUAAAUGUUACAUUGGCGCGCGAAAGAAUUCUAGGAUAAAAGUUACGACGCUAAGGAGAGAACACGCACACGUUCUGCGCUUCUCGUGUAACGCGGAUAAUGUGGAUAAUCAUAAAAACGUUAAUCUAUCCUUUGCGGGCCAAAGGAGAUGCACAUGUUAUAAUUAUAAUAUACAUAAAUAUAAUAAUAUAUUCACUGAGAGAGGCGCGCAUGGAAAGAGUGGCGGCUGGUUCCGGUUAAUUACGCGAGGCGGUAAUUUUAUCUGUGUCGUCCUUCUUCCUCUGUCUCGUUAUACGGUCGGACCGCGCUGUAUAUCCGUUUUCCUGGCUCCUUUCGGUCGACGCUCGCUCGGCAUCACUUCGGGCCGCACGAACCGCCA